GUGUGAGCGAGCGAUUGGGAUCGGGAUCGGGAUUGGAGCUGGGGUUUUCCAAGUGGAUCAGAAUCUGGGUUUGGCUAAGACAAUAAUGUUUCACAGUUAAACUUAUUUUGCUGACUGUGUGGAAUAUCCCGGGCAGGGGGUUGGACAUUCCUCUGAGCUCUCAACAACUUCCUGAUAUGACAUCGUUGGUUUCGUUUUGACUCACUUUUCGGGGUUAGAAGUUAAGGCUUGAGGGCUGUUGAGAAGUUUUCCGAAAGAAAAACAAGUCAGGGUGUCGCACGGGACAGAAUAAACCCAAAAGUUUGGUAGGGAUGGGCUCCAGGACGACGCUGUGGACAGUAAUGCUUCUAAUAAUUGUUUAUCACUCGUUGAUGGUAGACAGUACAGAUUCACUGUCUACUAAUGAAAGUGGUUGUGGAAAGGAUGAAUAUAAGCAUGAGGAUUGGUGUUGCAUAAAAUGUGAUUUAGGUACUCACUUGGUGCAAGACUGUGAGAAAGGUGGGGAUACGAAAUGUGAUGGAUGUAAAUCUGGAGAAUUCAUGGACGAAAAGAAUCACCUGACAGAAUGCCGUAGAUGUACCAAUUGUGAUAGUUCGGAGGGGAAAGAAAUCACAACCAAUUGUAGCAGAACUCAUAAUACGGAGUGCAAAUGUAAAGAAAACAGCUACGAGUUAAAUAAGCAUUGCUUGAAUUGUAAAAGCUGUAAUGAUGAAACUGAAGAAAUUGUACAAGAGUGUUCGGCAAUGAAUGACACGGUGUGCAGAAUAAAAGCAAAAAACAACAGUUCAACUGGUAUGGUAGCAGCGGUGGUGGUAGGAAUCAUCGUACUUGUAGGAGUAGGAUUGGUGGUAUAUUGGUAUAAAAAACGAUGCAACAAAAAAUAUAAGCCAUCAAAACAAGAAGAUAAAACGCUCCUGGCAAAAACAAAAACAAAGGAAGUACCAGACAUUGAUCUCACAAGCGAGCAAUUGAUGGAUAUGGGCGAAUUGAUCGAACCCAAACAAUACCAUAAAAUUGGACUAAAACUGGGACUAACGGAAGCUACAUUGCAACAGAUUGCAACUGAUUAUCAAAAUAAUAGUAAAGAACAGGGUUACAGAAUACUCCUUCAAUGGAUGGAGAUGCACGGUAAGAGAAGGGCAUUCCCUGAUCUGAUUGACACACUCAGAGGAGCAGAACUCAAAAAUAUAGCUGAAAAUAUUAUUCAGAAAAUUGUUGGAAAUCGUACAGAAGUGCCAGAAGGCUGUGUCGGCAACCCAGAAGAUUGUGAAAAUGGUGGCAUGACAUGCUCCACUACUGGGCACAGAUGAUUUUAUAUAAUAUUCAACCUGUUUUUCAAAGUCGUACACAGAUAAUGAUUUGUUUAUAACUCAGUAUAUAAAAUAUACAGUCCAUUCACG